UAAUCGAUCGAUAAUACCACAUCCCUAUUUAUGUUCCUAAUUUCGACAUGAAGGCGAUCUAGCUAACCGACAUUAUCUUGUAAGUCUAGACUAAAUAUUUAUUUUCAUUUCUAAAUCUCAAGACGAUUGUUUAUCAUCAUAUUAAAGUUUCUUGUAAACAAACUAUCAAAUUUAUUCUCGUAAUCUACACUGGGAAAAUUUGGAAAAACUGGCAAAAGAUCUGGUUAGUUUGAGUGCCUGUCGAAUAGCGAAAAGUCUUGCCAGACAAAUCUGGCAUCCUGGCAUCGCUGCCUAGAGGAGACUAGAUUUUCCUUCUAAAUUUCAUUAAACUAUUGUAAAAUAAACUUAAUAAUGUUUUGUAGCCGUGAAAUAGAGUUUUUUAACAAAAAGUUGGAGCAAGAUGACAAUUAUAAUGAAACUGCUAUAAUCACAACAAACUUUUGUCAAAUAUGUCUUUGUAAUCCAUCACGGAAAAAUUGUUUAUUAAUCACAGAAGAACAAAAAUUGAAACUGAUGGAACUGUCGAAAAAUAAAAUGCAUUGCGAAGAUCCGUAUCACAUUUGCAUUAAUUGCUCCAACGUUUUGGAUAUUUUACUAGAUUUUAGUACUGCAGCUGUACAGGCAAAUGCACUUUUGCUUACUGGGAAAGUGCAUAUCGAAUGUGACGAUUGGUACCAACAAGAUCAUAUUGAGGCUGUUGGACUGUGUCGAGACUUGAUCCGUACUCACAGGAGGAGAAUAGAGGCCAUCUACAAGAAUCAUAGCACGGAAAUUCUUGAGAAAAAUUCAGGAUUGAUUGAUAGCUCUCUUUUAUCUCCAGCAACCGAUAUCAAACUAGAACCACAGUACGACAUAGCAGAGGAACUAACUUCUCCAUUAUUCUCCGAUGAUCAUAGGGAAAGAAAAAAAUAUGAAUAUUGUAAAAAAACGACGACUAGUAAUAGUGACGAUGAUACUCCUGACGAAAGGAACGGGGUUGAAAUUACGUUCAAUCGUCGUCGUCGUCGUCGGGGACGUAAACCUAAAGAACAUCCCGAAUUCAUGUCCCAAUUGUGUGAUUUCUGUGGAAAGCGAGUCUGCGGAGAAUCGGCCGAAGGUCAUAAGAAUCAACAUUUAGGCAUCAAGCCAUACUCCUGCACAGUGUCCGGAUGCGCACUUACAUUUUUUGGUCGAUAUAAUCGAUUAAGGCAUAUCAAAAGGAUGCACAGCGAGAAUGGAGUAGAAGUGCAUAACUGCCAUAUUUGCGGAAAAAGUAUUCGGGGUCCAAGCCGAACAUUAAAGUAUCACUUGCACAGACAUGAGCGAAAUCAGAAAACCGAAAAAGACUUCAUUUGUAAAGUGUGUGGCAAAGGCUUUACAUUGCAGCGAUAUUUGACCCAGCAUUCAAUCAUACAUUCGGGUGAAUUUCCGCACAAGUGCAAUUUCUGUGGUAAAAAAUUUAAUAACAAAUGGGGUAUGCGAAAGCACGAAAAGAAUAUUCACGAGGAACCAAACCGGUAGAAGGGUCUAGGAUUGUGAGUAGUGUGAACAUUUGGAACAUGAAACAAGGAUUAUUUAUUUAUAGUUGAGUAACGCCCGUGUGCUGAAAGAUAAAAAAAAGUUCGGAUAAAAUAAACACUAUCCACAAUUACUGAGUG